AUGGCUUUACUUGUGACUUCUUUAUGCGUUUCAUUCUUUCUGCAUAUGAAGCUCGCACACUGCAUGGAGGUGGAUUUCUGCGUACCGGUUCUUCUGGAUCACCACAAACCAGAAAAUCAUCCACAGGCGAGAGACGCGCACGUGAAAGAAAGCCAAACUGUUUUCAGACUGAGUGCAUUCAGAGAGUAUUUUUAUCUCCACCUGGUGCCGGAUUCCAGCUUUCUUGGUGCUGAGAGGAGCUCCUCGGCAUCUUCUGCACCCGCUGACCUCAGGCCGUGCUUCUACUCCGGUGAUGUCAACUCAGACCCGGAAUCCUUCGCCGCGCUCAGCCUCUGCAAAGGCCUCCGCGGGGGGUUCUAUUAUAACGGCAUGGAAUAUUUUAUCAGUCGGAUCGGGGCUGAGGGCGCACCGGGUCAAGGGAGCUCCUUUGACGGGUCGCACGUGAUCCGGAGACGCGCUGCGCACUCAGGCCGCAACUUCACCAGCAGGUGCGCAGUGGCACCUGACGCCAAGCAGAACAUCUCCCUCCACAAAUACAAGUACAUGAGCGAACUGGAGGUUGGUGGUUUAACCGAAAGCGUGCUGAAGACUUUCGGCAGGUCCAAAAGGUUCACGUCCAUCCCCAGGUUUGUGGAGGUGCUGCUGGUGGCGGAUGAGUCCAUGGCUAAAUUCCACGGGGAUGACCUUAAGCACUACCUCCUGACCCUCAUGUCAGUGGCAGCCAGGCUUUACAAGCACCCCAGCAUCCUCAACUCCAUAAACAUCGUGGUGGUGGGCUUCAUGGUGAUAAAUGAAGCCGACAAAGGACCCAAAGUGUCCAGCAACGCCGCGCUGACUCUGCGCAACUUCUGCUCCUGGCAGAAGAAACUCAACAAACACAACGACAAGCAGCCAGAAUACUGGGACACGGCCAUACUGUUCACCAAGCAGGACCUUUGUGGAGCGACGACCUGCGACACUCUGGGGAUGGCAGAUGUUGGCACCAUGUGCGACCCAAAGAGGAGCUGUUCUGUCAUCGAGGAUGACGGUUUGCCGUCCGCCUUCACGACUGGACAUGAACUUGGACACGUCUUCAACAUGCCCCAUGACAACGUAAAGGCCUGUGAGGAAGUAUUUGGGAAACUCAAUGACAACCACAUGAUGUCUCCAACACUGAUUCAGAUUGACAGGAACCGUCCCUGGUCUGUCUGCAGCGCCGCCAUCAUUACCGAGUUUUUGGACAGAGGUCACGGUGACUGUCUGCUGGACCAGCCACUGAGGCAGCUGUCCCUCCCAGACAAUCUACCAGGCUCCAGCUACAGUUUGCACCGUCAAUGUGAGUUGGCCUUUGGCUCCGGCUCCAAGCCCUGUCCCUACAUGCAUCCCUGCACCAAGCUUUGGUGCACCGGAAAGACUCGUGGUCAGCUGGUCUGUCAAACCAGACACUUUCCCUGGGCAGAUGGGACCAGCUGUGGCAAUGGCAAGGUCUGCUUCCGAGGGACGUGCAAUGAUAAGAACAGCACCAUGCACAUCACGGUUGAUGGUCGAUGGGGGAAGUGGGGUGCAUUUGGAACCUGUUCCCGAAGUUGUGGUGGAGGAGUUCAACUAGCCAAGAGACAGUGUGACAACCCCACUCCUGAGCAUGGUGGCAAAUACUGCUAUGGCCUUCGCAUCAAAUAUCGGUCCUGCAAUCUCAACCCUUGUCCUGAAACAGGUAAGAGUUUCCGUGAGCAGCAGUGUGAGGCGUUCAAUGGCUUCAACCUCAACACCAACAGACUGGGCUCCUCCGUGGUUUGGGUUCCGAAAUAUUCCGGAAUUUCUCCUAAGGACAAAUGCAAGCUUAUCUGCCGUGCCAAUGGGACUGGAUACUUCUAUGUCCUUGCUCCCAAAGUUGUGGAUGGGACUCCCUGCUCUCCAGACACCUCAGCUGUAUGUGUUCAAGGGAAAUGCAUCAAUGCGGGCUGUGACAGCAAGCUAGACUCCAACAAGAAGUUUGACAAGUGUGGCAUGUGUGGUGGCGACAACCGUGGCUGCAAGAAGGUCUCAGGGAUGUUCACCAAACCCAUUCAUGGCUACAACUUUGUGGUCAUGCUGCCUGUUGGCGCUUCCAACGUUGACAUCCGUCAGCGUGGCUACCGAGGCAUGGUCAGUGAUGAAAACUACCUGGCGGUGAAGAAUCGGCAUGGCAAAUACCUCCUGAAUGGCAACUACGUGGUGUCCGCCGUGGAACGCGACCUCCUGGUGAAGGGCAGCCUGCUGCGCUACAGUGGCACCUCCACAGCUGUGGAGAUACUUCAGGCCGUCAGACCCCUGCAGGAGCCUCUGAUUGUGGAAGUGCUGUCCGUGGGGAAGAUGACUCCUCCCAGAGUGCGAUACUCCUACUACAUAUCCAAGGAGAGCAAGGAGGAAAAGACUCUACGGAAAGAGGAGAAAAGCCACGCGGCUCAGAACAGUGUGUUGGAAGACAGUAAUAAAAUAGAAGCUAAGAAGCAGAUGAUUGGUAAGAGGCCUCUGAGUCACUGGGUGACCGGAGGAUGGGACACGUGCUCGGUGACGUGUGGGAACGGGCUUCAGAAGAGGCUGGUGCAGUGCCAGAGUGCAGAGGGACGCCAAGCAGCAGACUGUGACGGUGCUGCCAGGCCUGUAGCUGUGAGAGAGUGUGGGGAUCCCUGCCCUAUGUGGGACAUAGGAUCCUGGUCUCACUGCUCUAAGUCUUGCGGUAGGGGGUUUAAAAGGCGACCGGUGCACUGCAUUACCGAGAACGGUCUGAGUCUACCCAAAGACCACUGCUCUGGAAAGAGGAAGCCUCAGGAACUGGACCUGUGCAACCUGAAGCCUUGUUAAGGCAAAA